AUGAGCUUAUGGGCAUCAUGGCCGAAUGUGUUGAUUUGCUUGAACAAGGUCCCGUGCCUUUGCAUUUUAAAAGAAUGCAAGACAAGCAGGUUGAUAGUCGAGGAAAUUAAGGUUGGUUUCAGUACAAUCCAAAAGUGUGUAUGCGCCAUACGUCAGUUGGUGUAUGGCUACAAUUCCGACUCGCUUGACGAAUAUCUACAGAUUGAUGAAGAAACAACAAGAUGUUAUCUAGACUAUUACUGUAAGUAUGUGUUUGAAUUUUACAAGGAUGAAUACUUGCGCAGACCAAUAUCGGAGGACAUACAACGCUUGUAUGCUAGACAUGAGGAGCUUCAUGGUUUUCCAGGCAUGCUUGGAAGCAUUGACUGCAUGCAAUGGCCUUGGAAGAACUGUCCCAAGGCAUGGCAAGAUCAAUUUACGCGUGGUAAUCACGGUCAUCCAACCAUCAUGCUUGAAGCGGUAGCUUCGUACAAUAGGUGGAUUUGGCAUGCUUUUUUCAGCAUAGCUGGUUUGAACAACAAUAUAAAUGUUCUCAACCAGUUGCCUUUAUUUAGGGAAAUCAUAGAAGACCGUGCGCCUGAUAGCUCGUUCACUGUUAAUGGCACCCACUACAAAAAGGUUACUAUCUCGCCGAUGGCAUUUUUCCCGAAUGGUCGACUUUUGUAA